AGAAUAUUAAACAAUAUAUAUUUUACAACAAAUUAAUUCAGGCUGUAUAUGUUCAUCGCAGAGCUAUAGAAUGUGUCUAAAAAUCCUCGCAGAAAAGGCUAAGUACAAAGGCUUAAAUAUUAUUGCAAUGAAUUAAUAAAAAUACACAUUUUGCUGUUGAAGUUUGGCCAAUAUUUUGACGAACAGUUUUGCGACAUUGUAUUUCGUGUUAUUAGGACUUGAUGUGGCUUUGAUGAGUGUCUCUUUACUUAAUUUUUAUAAUGCAGUAAUAUCCCUGGAGAAAGUGGACUUAUUGAUAAUCGGCGCCUGUAUAAUGAUACAGUUAUAUUAUGUAUUUGUGGGAAAUUAUGUUGGACAAGAUGUCAUAGAUAACAGCAUCAGCAUUUUUCAAGCAACAUACAAUGCACACUGGUAUGCUGCGCCAUUAUAUAUGCAAAAACUGAUACUAUUUAUAAUGCAAAGAAGUUACAGGAAGAGUGCUUUAACAGCUGGAGGUUUAUUUGAUGCGUCAUUAGAAGGUUUCGCUAAGCUUAUGAGUAUGUCUAUAUCCUACGUUAUGGUCCUUCAAUCCAUGGGAGCACACAAAGAAAACCAUGAAAAGCAUGAUAGUUACGUUUAAAAAAAUUUGAAUCGCAGGUUUUUACAAUACAAUCAACAAGCAAGAAGCGAUAUAGCGAAAAAUAUAAUUGGUUCAAUAAAUAUAGAAUAUGGUGG